GCUCUCCGUCCUGCAACACCGCGGAGCUCCGUCUGCUCACCGCCGGCUCGCUCGCUUCUCACCGCUCCCCCCACCCCCCGCUCUCCCAGCAGCGAGCGCGGUCGCGUCUCUCUCUCUCCGAGGCGGGGAGCGUACGAGUCUUCGCGAGCGUUCUUCUCCAUCUUCGCCCUUCGAGAAAUAUGGAGAAAAUGGCCAGACCUCUCCCCGUCAGUUCGGCGUUCCUGCCGCCGACCCACGGCGUGCUGAAGUCUCUGCUGGAGAACCCGCUCAAGCUGCCUUUCCACCAUGAAGACGGAUUUGGGAAAGACAAGGAGAAAGAGAAGAAGCUGGAGGAUGAGAGCAGCAGGGCCAAUAACCCGCAGUCGGCCUUCCUCGGGCCGACACUCUGGGACAAGACCCUGCCCUACGAUGGCAACAACUUUCAGCUGGAGUACAUGGACCUGGAGGAGUUCCUGUCAGAGAACGGCAUCCCCGCCAACACGGCCCAGAGCCACCAUGCUGAGCAGGGGGCGCUGCCACCGCAGGCGCCCCACCAGCAGGCCUCGCCGCCAGCCCCGCCCACGCCUUCCGUGGUGGACCUCAGCAGCCGCGCCACCACUUCAGUUCACACGGGCAUGGUGCCUCAGACCAGCCUUCACAGCCCCAGCACAGCAGCAGCACUGCCCUCAGCCCGGGACAGCCCCAGCCCAAUUGACCCAGAGACCAUUCAGGUGCCAAUGGCCUAUGAGCCUGACCCGGCAGACCUGGCGCUGUCCAGCGUGCCUGGCCAGGAAAUGUUCGACCCCAGGAAACGCAAGUUCUCAGCUGAGGAGCUGAAGCCACAGCCCAUGAUCAAAAAAGCCCGCAAGGUCUUCAUCCCAGAGGACCUGAAGGAUGACAGGUACUGGGCUCGGCGCAGAAAGAACAACGUGGCGGCUAAGCGCUCACGGGACGCCCGCCGGCUGAAGGAGAACCAGAUCGCCAUCCGCGCUGGCUUCCUGGAGAAGGAGAACGGCGCUCUCCGCAUGGAGGUAGCGGACUUGAGGAAGGAGCUUGGCCGCUGCAAGAACAUUGUGGCCAAAUACGAGGCCCGACAUGGGGGCCUGUGAGCCCCCCCACCCCACCCCUCCAAAAAAACUCCACUACAAGCCCCCCUCCUCCUCCUCCUUCCUCUCUUACACACACUUUACCGCCCCGUCUCAUUUUCUUUCCUGGAGUUUGAAGGACAAUGUGUCUCUUUUGGUGGCACUGCCCCUGCCUCCUCUUCCUCCCCCACCACCCGCACCUCCUCCCAUUCCUCCCACACACCCCCCAACCCACCUGUAUGAUUCUGGUAUUUAUCUGUCAUUUUGACUUAUUUCAUAAGCUUCGACUUGUCUGUUCCUUCUUUUUCCUUACACAUCGUUCGACUGAAUAUAUUCACAUAUACAUAGAUUUAAAAAAAAAAACAUAUAUAUAUAUAUUUACAAAUGCAUACUUCCCACUUUAGUGUACUGUGAUGAGUCAUGAGCCAACCCACCAGCUGAGUCCACCCCACCCCCAUCUCCCCCUUCCAAUUUUGAGAAACGAUUCCAUGCUGUUCGUCAUUUUCAUACCGAUUUUAUACCUGACAUCCUGUUUCCCUUCUUCUUCUUCUUCUUCUACUUCUUCUUCUGCUGUGUUACAACCAUGUGAAGUGUCGUUGCUCGCCUCUCCCCGACCCCUCAUAUCUUCUUCUUUUCUUGAUUUUCAUGUUGUAUUUCAGUUUUCGAUCACAGCCCCCCCCCUCAGAUAAUCUAGAACAGCAUCGCCUGUCAUUUGAAAUUGUCUUCGCAUAGCACUUAAAUUUGUCUGUGCAAUUGUGGUGUAGAUUUGCUUUCUUAUUACGUUUUUCUAAUGUAUUUUUUUCUUUUGUUUGUUGCUCUCCAUCGCCCGGACACUGAGCAAUAAUCCCUGUCCAGAAUUGAACAGACAUGACGACCUACAUGUUCCUUCCCCACCUCCUGUGCCCUGCCACCUCCACCCCCACUGCCAGAUAACUACCUAGUUGCUGUCUCCCCCCCUCCCCCUCCCCACCGCUCUAAUUUUAGCUCAGCUCCAAUGCGUGUCUCACAAUCUGAACUGGUGCAAUGUUUCAACUCGUACAUACUACACACUAUUCAUAUUAUUUUAAGUAUUAGUACUACUCCCGACAUUGUUGUCGUUUAGCCUCCUUGUUUUCAGAUUUAAGCAUGAUUUCUUUAACAGAACGAAAAGCUACUCAUAAAUUGUUUCCUCCUUUUUAUUUUGCAAAGUUGUUUAUAAUUAUUUUGGCUUCUGCUUAACUUUUAGGAAUCAACAGAUGUCUAUAGUUUCCCUCUUUGUAGCUUUAUGUUCGACCUGUUUUUAAAGAUGGCUGUAUGAAUGUAAAAGAUGUUGACAACGGAAAAAAAAAGUUGGAUGGUGUUGUCCAAUACUGUGGUUAACCCAAUCAAUUUGUUUACUGCAAACCAAACGAUUCACAACAGAGAUGAUAUAUUGAUUACAAGAGAUAUGUUUAUAUAAACCUUUAAGUUGUUCUUUUUGUACAGUAUUUUUCCUAUACAUUACUGAAGUAUGUAUUUUAAAGGCACAACAGAUUAUUAAAAGAUAGCAUAUAACUCAAAGACAAAUGGAUAUAGUGGUAUUUUAAUAUUCUAUAUAGGAUAGGAUGUGGUAGCUUUACAGAGAAUUGUGAAUAUUCAGCAGCACCCAAACCCCCGGGGCAUUAUUAUCAUUAUUGAUCCCAUAUUAUUAUGAUGUUGUCAUAAUAAUAGCUCAUGUCAUGUUAGUCCCCAUUCAACUCAAAGGAAAACUAAAUGUAGUCCAGAAGAGAGAAGGUACAGUUGGACCCUUUUCUAGAAUCCAUCAGCUCACAUCCAGCAACAUCACUUUGUUCAUCAUGUUGCUGCUGUGAGUGUGUGGGAUUGAUAUUCCUCCAGUCGAUGCAUGUUGUAGCGCAUCCCUGAAUCUGAGUGAUGGACACUGGGAAGCCUUUAUGUUAUUUUAAACAAAAAUACAAACUUUAGUGGCGUUGUCGUGCAGAGCUUUCUUCAGUCAGGAGCUGGGUCGUGACCAACUUGUGUUUUUUAAAGGUUGAUACUGACAUUUCUGAUCACUUGUAUGGAGACACGGGCGUGCAAUCCUUAAAAUGAAAGACGUUUUAUCAGUUAGCCAUGAUCAGUUAGCCUGUGCCUCUAAAACCAUUGUGUGUUGUUUUGUUUUGUUUCACUUGAGAGUAAAACCCAUGAGAUACAACAUGUUAUUUAAUGAGCUUUAGAAGAACUGGUAGGUUGUGUUACCACCGCUCAGAUCCAGGUCGGCUGUCUCCUCAUGUUUGCAGUCGUUACUAAACAAGCUUAUCUGAUUGUCUUAUCUGAAAGAAAAACAAACUUUAACCCAAUAGAUCAUUAACUUCACAUUUGUGUGCAUGUAAGCAAAACAUUCCACCAGCUGAAUAAUAAGAUAUCAAGAUAAGAUAACAAGAUUUUUUAAGAUAAAAAACAAAGAAAUACAAAAUACACAUUAACAAAAAUGUGUAUUGAUUAUACAGAUCUUUGAUUUAAUGUUUUUGAUUCAAUCUUGUCAAAUAUCAUGUGCUCAAAAAUAGAGGAUUAAACAAAUUAAAUAGAUUUUUACUGUUCACAGCCCUGGUAUCAGAAAUGUCAAUAUCGAACCAGCUAAUGUACAAACUGACUCGUCGGUCUGAUCGCUGGCCAGACUUGGCUGAACUUAGUCGAUUUGAUCCAAAGCUGUGUGAAAUGUAAAAUCAUUCUUUUCUAUCCACUCACUGUAGUCGUAGUGUUUUUUGCGCUUUAGAGGGUGUUUACCCUCCUAUGUCUUUUCUGCACUGGCGCUUUCGAGGUUGAACAGGGUUUGUAGAGAAGAGGGACGACUGGAACGAUGCCUCCUGAAUCUGUGGAGCAUCUUUUUACUGAAACAUAAUAUAAAUAUAUAGGAAAAAGCCAAUAAUUCAUCCACACGUGUCCCAAAAUGACCUCACUGUUGAGUGAUUUCACUACCUCACCCGGAAACGUUAACCAUAAUUCUGAGUCUAUUUCAGUGCCUUGAAUACACUGACUGUUCCCCAGUCUCUCAGCAAUGUAAAGAUCUCCUCCCAGCUCCACGCGGAUAGGUUCAGAUCUGCACUGAAGAGCUGCUCAGUGCAUCAAAAGUAUCUCUUUAUUCUAUACACACCGACAACUCUCCUCAUUUCUGAUUUUGGACAUUGCAACAGACUUGUAACCAUUGUAUUCAUGGCAACACCAACGGACUGUUUCAGAAUGUAUACAAAUAGGACACAGAGGAGUAUUCGGUCUUGUUUGUCAUGGAAUGGAUGCAUAACAUUUAUUUGUGCUGUUCGGCCCUCAGCCUCUCUGUCGCUCUGUAAUUUGUAGUGUCUAAUAAAAUCCCAAUUCUUUUCUGA